AUGCCUGGACGUCCACUGUGGCAGGUUGCCGGUAAGCGUGAUCGCGACCAGGAGCGUGAAGCGCAACACUGGAUCGAGACGGUGAUUGGCGAAAAGUUUCCGGCCGGUUACGUGUACGAGGACUGUCUGCGCGACGGUAUCCUGCUCUGUCGGCUAAUGAAUCGCCUAUCGCCUGGCAUAGUGCCAAAGAUUAACACCACCGGCGGAGACUACAAGAUGAUGGACAAUAUUAAUCAGUUCCAGAAGGCGUGCAUCAAGUACGGUGUGGCCGAUGUUGACCUCUUCCAGACGACCGAUCUGUGGGAUCGCAAAAACAUUGCCCUCGUUACCACGACCAUCUUUGCCGUUGGCCGGGCGUGCUACAAACAUCCGGAAUUCCGUGGACCGUAUCUUGGUCCGCGACCGGCAGAGGAGAACCGGCGCGAGUUUACCGAGGAGCAGCUGCGUGCCGGCGAGGGCCUGAUUGGGCUGCAGGCCGGUUCGAACAAGGGUGCUACCCAGGCCGGCCUUAACUUUGGCGCCACCAGGAAGAUUCUGCUCGGCAAGUAG